UCAUAAACGAAAAGAAGAAAAAACCAAAAAAAAAAAAGCUCUCUUAAAGAGAAGAGCAGAGAAAAGAAAUUCAAUCACACUUCUCUCCUCUCUUUCGUCACCGAUUCAAUAUCUUUUCCAUGGCGACCUCCGUCGAUAACCGCCAUUACCCCCGCCUCAACCCCGCCAUGAACGGCGGCGGCGUCGUUCGCUCCUUCAAGCCUCCUCCCGUUCCUUCUCGCUCAUUCGACCGCCACCAGAGUGUCGGCGCUCUAACCGAAAAACUCGUCGUCAGAGAAAACGAAAACACCACCGUCGAGGAAGAAGACCGUUACGAUUCCAGCGACGACGAGGACGAGAGCCACAACCGUAACGUCGCCUACUACAAGGAGAUGGUUCGCAAAUCCAACAUCGAUUUAGAGCCGUCGAUUCUAGAUUCGAGAGACGAAUCAACGGCUGAUAACUGGAUCCAGCGUAACUCCUCUAUGGUCCGUCUCACCGGAAAACACCCAUUCAACGCCGAACCGCCUCUCCCUCGCCUUAUGCACCACGGAUUCAUCACUCCCGUCCCUCUCCAUUACGUCCGAAACCACGGCUCUGUCCCCAAAGCCGAUUGGUCAGAUUGGACCAUCGAAAUCACCGGACUCGUCAAGCGCCCGGUGAAAUUCACCAUGGAGCAGCUAAUCUCCGAGUUUCCCAGCCGCGAAUUCCCAGUCACACUCGUCUGCGCCGGGAAUCGCCGGAAGGAACAGAACAUGGUGAAGCAGACUAUCGGAUUCAACUGGGGAUCCGCCGGAGUAUCCACUUCCCUCUGGAAAGGCGUUCCGCUCAGUGAAAUCCUCCGCCGAUGCGGAAUCUACAGCAGAAGAGGCGGCGCGCUCAACGUCUGCUUCGAAGGAGCGGAGGAUCUUCCCGGAGGCGGCGGAUCUAAAUACGGAACAAGCAUUAAGAAGGAGAUGGCCAUGGAUCCCGCGAGAGACAUCAUAUUAGCGUAUAUGCAGAACGGAGAGCUUCUGACGCCGGAUCAUGGGUUUCCGGUUCGGAUCAUCGUACCCGGUUUCAUCGGCGGGCGGAUGGUGAAAUGGUUAAAGCGAAUCAUCGUCACGCCUCAAGAAUCUGACAGUUACUACCACUACAAAGACAACCGAGUCCUCCCUUCUCUCGUCGAUGCUGAGCUGGCAAAUGCAGAAGCUUGGUGGUAUAAGCCAGAAUAUAUAAUCAACGAGCUUAAUAUAAACUCGGUGAUAACGACACCUGGUCACGAGGAGAUCUUGCCUAUUAAUGCUUUCACUACUCAGAAGCCAUACACAUUAAGAGGCUAUGCUUAUUCUGGAGGAGGUAAGAAGGUAACGAGAGUAGAGGUGACGCUAGAUGGAGGAGACACGUGGAGUGUGUGUGAGCUUGACCACCAAGAGAAGCCGAACAAGUAUGGCAAGUUCUGGUGCUGGUGUUUCUGGUCACUUGACGUCGAGGUUCUUGAUCUCCUUAGUGCCAAAGACAUCGCGGUUCGAGCCUGGGACGAGUCUUUCAACACCCAGCCUGAUAAACUCAUCUGGAAUCUCAUGGGAAUGAUGAACAACUGUUGGUUCAGGGUGAGGACCAACGUGUGCAAGCCUCACAAAGGAGAGAUAGGGGUCAUUUUCGAACACCCGACCCGACCCGGAAACCAAUCGGGUGGGUGGAUGGCAAAGGAACGCCAGCUUGAGAUAUCCUCCGAAUCAAACCAUACUCUGAAGAAAUCGGUCUCAUCUCCAUUCAUGAACACUACCUCGAAGAUGUUUUCAAUCUCCGAAGUUAGAAAACACAACUCCCUCGAAUCCGCGUGGAUCAUCGUCCACGGUCACAUCUACGACUGUACACGUUUCUUGAAAGAACAUCCAGGAGGCUCGGACUCGAUCCUCAUCAACGCAGGCACCGAUUGCACCGAAGAGUUUGAAGCCAUUCACUCAGACAAAGCCAAGAAGCUUCUAGAAGAUUACAGGAUCGGUGAACUCAUCACCACUGGCUACGACUCUUCACCUAAUGUUUCGGUCCACGGUGGCUCAAACGUAGCUUCUUUGCUAGCUCCAAUCAAAGAGCUAGCUCUUUCAAAGAACAUCGCUUUGGUCAACCCACGAGAGAAAGUCCCAGUCACACUCAUCGAGAAGACUUCCAUCUCUCACGACGUUCGUAGGUUCAGAUUCGCAUUACCAUCAGAAGAUCAGCAGCUUGGUUUACCCGUGGGGAAACACAUUUUCCUCUGCGCCAACAUAAACGACAAGCUCUGUCUCAGAGCCUAUACUCCAACCAGCACGGUCGACGCCAUUGGACAUAUCGACCUGGUCGUCAAGAUUUACUUCAAAGACGUUCAUCCGAGAUUCCCCAACGGAGGAACCAUGUCGCAGCACUUGGACUCGUUACCCAUCGGGUCGGUUCUAGACAUCAAGGGUCCAUUAGGACAUAUCGAGUACAAAGGCAAAGGAAACUUCAUGGUCAACGGCAAACCCAAGUUUGCCAAGAAACUAGCCAUGCUUGCUGGAGGAACAGGCAUUACUCCGAUUUACCAAGUCAUUCAAUCGAUACUGAGUGAUCCAGAGGACGAAACCGAGAUGUUUGUGGUUUACGCAAACCGAACCGAGGAUGACAUACUUGUCAGAGAAGAGCUAGAAGGAUGGGCUAGUAAGCAUGAGGACAGGCUAAAGGUUUGGUAUGUCGUUGAGAUCGCAAAAGAAGGCUGGAAUUACAGCACCGGCUUUAUUACCGAAGCUGUGCUUAGAGAACAUAUCCCUGAAGGUUUAGAAGGAGAAUCGCUCGCGCUCGCGUGUGGACCACCGCCUAUGAUCCAGUUUGCGUUGCAGCCUAAUCUAGAGAAGAUGGGUUACAACGUUAAGGAAGAUCUCUUGAUCUUCUAAGAUUUACGUGUAAGAUUAUAUGCAUUGGAAAAUCCGAAAGUCAAUAACAAGUACCGCUUAUGUAAAAAAAUGGUAAUUUGGGUGCUUGUUAGAGUUUUUUUUUCUUUUCCAAAUGUAUAUGUAUAAAUGUGUUUAUGAUUUAUGUUAUUGUUGAUGAUGAUGAUGAAAGCAUGUAACUUAAACUUUUACCGUCUU